AUGGCAUCACACGACCAGUCCUUUGACCAAAUGUCAAUGAGAGACACAUUGGAGUCGGCAUUGAUUCGUGCGAGUCAUGCAACUGAUGUCAACCAAUUGCUCGAAGAGUUUGGUGUUAUUAUAAGCGGUCGUCUAAAAGGACAGUCAUAUGGAGAACAAGCGGUUUGCGCUCCAGAACUGAGAGCUGUGGAACUCGAGUCACCCGAAGGCAACCAAAACUCCAUAUUUUUCCCCAAAUGUGUUCGUAUCAAACGGUGCGGCGGCUGUUGCGGACCCUCCCGGCUAUUAGAGUGCACUCCAACCAAAAAGUCGUACAAAAUCAUCAAAAGAGCUCACAUCAGGAUUAGGAGAUCAGUGGACGGACGGGCCGUUCCUAACCUCUCGCAACACUCAACUAACGUCGAGGAACACGAGGAAUGCCGGUGCGAGUGUAGAGUCAAACAAACCGAUUGCGACCCAUAUAUUCAUAAAUAUAGGCCAGAGUUAUGCAAAUGUGAAUGUCUUAACACAAAGGAUCAGAUGGAGUGUCGACUCAAUAACGCUUAUAGAGUAUGGGAUUCUAGCGAAUGCCGGUGCAAAUGCAUUCACACCAAACUUUGCUCCACUGGACUUCAUUUCGAUGACCACACGUGCAGAGUAGAGUGCGUGCAAAGAGUGGUUGCAUUGAAACGCGCGUUCAUUACGUGUCGGUGCGAUAUCAUUUGCGAUCCCCGAGUGGUCGUCCGCGACGAUCGGGUCUACCGUUAUGUCGGCAACGGAUCCGCUCUUAAGAUUCGCUUGAAUCCCACCUUUCCAUCCGAAGACCACAUCCAAGACAUUGCUUCUAAUCACUUGUCGCCAGACAUUCCCACAUCAGACGAACCAGAA